GCUUCUUCUGAGUCUUCUCGCGUCUGGGCCUCCUCAAAAUCCGCACGUACACACGACACACUUAACUUGUUUUGUUGGGAUUGAGGGCUGCAUUGCUCUGGUCGUAGCCAAGAACUUUUCACCCUGCAGUAGUCAAAAUUCUUCAGGCUUCGAGGAACUGUCAUGUCCAAAUCGACCUCCGAAGCUGAAACGCUUUACGUAGAAGUUCACCGUCGAAUGAUCGAGAAUGGAGAGUGGGAUCGAAUGUUGCAUCUGCUGUCCUCUAAGCUGUCUGAAAGCGGAUGGACAGAUGACCUUCUGCACCGUGCCAAAGAAAACAGCAGAACUAUGGAUCCGCUUUCCCUUCAGACAAUCCUGCAGGAAUUGUUAUCGCAUGCGCAAACAAGCGUGCCUCUCUCCGUGAAACGGGAAAUUACAACUCUUAUCAAGCAGUUCGUGAAGGAGCAAUUCGAGAAGUAGCAAAUACACCUUGCAUGACUACCUUUAUUUAUUCCAUGCGAAACCAUUCAUGUAACUCUGUUCCCAAUCAUAAGUUAAAUGGAAUGACUUUGGACGAUUGGACCAGGGUAUUCGAAGGCUACGUGCCCCAACAUUUUCCUGCGGUAACCGAUUUCUGCUACGUGAAGCA